AUGGAUGACAUCUCCAGCGGCAUGGAUGUGGAGGUUAGUGAGAAUAGGAGUGGGUUCAUAAUCAAGCUCCAUGUGGCCAAGGUUCAAAGUUAUAAGAAGCAUGACUUCCUUUCUGUUAAAGUAUGCACUGUUGAUUCAUGUCAAGGAAGUGAGAAGGACAUAUUUAUCCUUUCAACCGUUAGACACAAUCAUGGUGGGAAUAUAGGCUUUUUCAAUUGUGAUAAGAGAACUAAUGUGGCCUUGACAAGAGCUAAGAACUGCCUCUGGAUCCUUGGACAUGAACCGACUCUCCUUGACAUUAAAUCAAUACGGUCUGGUUUAGUCAAAGAUGCCCAGGAUCGUAAAUGUUUCUUUAAAGCUCGCGAUGAUGAUUCUCUUGCUAGAACAAUGGAUCAGUUUAGACUUACGCAAAACUCACAGGUGACGGACAAUGUUUUGCGAUUGAACAUUGAAUGUCAGUGUGCUCCAGAUGCACAACUCACAGGCGACAACCGUGCCACAAGACCAGACGAGGCACAGGUUGAAGAGCCUGCACAUGCAGAGCAGGCGCCUGUGCAGGCAGGAGGGGCUGCAGGGCAGGUGCAUCUUGAUAAGCUCUCGCCCAGUCUUUCAAAGAAGAGGGCCCAUUCUUUGCAUGAGGACCAGCCUGACGGUCAGUUUGCUCCAGGUGAAGAACUCACAGAUGAAGAGGUUAUAGAGUCUGCACAUGCAGAGCAAGUGCAUCUUGCUCAGCUCUCGCCCAGUCCUUCAAGUAAGAGGGCCUGUCUCAGUCAGUUUACUCCAGGUGCUCAACUCACAGAUGAAGCAGUUGUACUAGAGGAAGAAGAUCGUCCUCUAAUUGAGCUUCUAGGAGGUUUGCCCCAACUAGCUGAGGAUGUAGCCAGGACGCCUAUGAGCUACAAUACAUUAAAAAGGAAGAAGUCAUCGGUUAAAUGCGUAAAUUUGUAUCUACAGGACAGAUCUGCCAGCGAUGAGCGUUUUUGGUCGAACGAGCAUAUGAAUCUAUACAACAAUAUGUAUAGCGAGAAGCAAUGUGCUGACAAUAAAUGGAUCAAUUGGGAAAAGAUCAGACAAUUCCCUAGGAUGCCAGAUGUUGAGAAAGCAUGUCAUGACAUUGGUCUUCAUGAAUUGAUGGCUAUAAAACAGAACUGGCAUAAAGAAACAAUCAAACAGUUCUACUCCACAUUGUUUGUAAAUUAAAGUAGGACCUCGCUGACAUGGAUGACAGGCAGAAAUAGGAAGAUUACUGUCACAAAGAAAUUUUGUCAGAAGGUUCUACAUGUUCCAACCAAGCACAGUAUUAAGAUUGAGCGCCAAUUGACUGAUGCACAAGAAGAAAUCAAGAGUGCGGAUGGUAACCAAGUGAAUUCAUUAAAUCGGAUUAUUAGAAAGACUAUCCAUCCCGCUAAUGGAGAUAGAGGUAACAUUCACAGAUUAAGUCAGGCCCUACUGUAUCAUAUUUUGUUUAGGAAGCCUUUUGACAUUGUAGACAUGA